GGUUAAGAACCACCAGACUGACCAGAGUGAUGUUUGGGCUGGGCCAAGUCCAGUCCGCCCAUUACAACAAUCUGGCAAUCACGUAUACCAGGAAGCCCGAAUCGCCAUGGCCUCUUUAAUUGUCCACGUUUCAGUCUUCUUUUUCCCCCAUCUUUCUCCCUUUUGGUAAAAUCUAAAAUGGGCGUCAUCGUCUUCAACCCUUCAACCUCCGGCGGGCUUCUCCUCCAUCAAGACGCCUAGUGCCAUGGCAGCAGCAACAACAACUUCCUUGUAGUACAAGUUUGAUGCCCACCACUACCAACUACUUGCAUCUGCCCUUCCGUUUCAACUUUCAAGCGGCACGAGCUCCAGUAACGCAAGGGCAUCGUCUCCUUCACCAUCCCCGGCCCGCGGUCAUAAUGAUGAGACAGAAGACGACCACGACCGCAACCACCAACAACAAGCAACAGCAGCAGAGCGUCGAUGAUCAGAACGAAACGAAAAAGAAGAAGUUGUACUACAACGGGGCAUCCUUCUUCGUGUCUUCCCCGGCUCCGGCUUCCUUGCCUCUCCCUUCGUUCCUUUCCACCACCCUCCACAGUGCUCCACAAGAAGAAGAAGAAGAAGCUGCCGCUAGUACUAUUACUACUCCGACGAAGCCAGCGGUUUGUAGGCGACGACAGUAUUAUUCACGCGAGCUCUUGCUAUCGCUCUCUCGAUCUGGACUCGAGACUAAUUGUCCAAUUCUACUUGAACCCGAUCUUACGGUGGUGAUUAGCUUAGCUGAUAGAUGUGUACUUAAUUGAUAUUGCUGAAUGAUAAAUUGUUUUUUUUUUUUUUUUAAGUGUGAGCUGGAUCGGACAUUGUAUUUGUAUAGCUUCUUUGGUCUUACUUUGAUGUGUUAAAUAUUAAGUAAACUAUUUCCUAAUUGAUUGGUUUUAUACGUUGGCUACGUAUUCUACUUUUCUUAUAGUCUGGGCCUGUUAGCAUGUAAUUGUCAUUGGUGUUUUAUUUGGGUAGUUAUUUGUUAUUUUGCAGCUUAAACCUAAUUACCCUAGUUUGCUCACGUAGAAGCCAGAAGGGUAUUAGUAGCUUGUAUGCGGCUGCCUCUGUAACUCAAGAGAGACAGAUUUCUAUUCUGUUCUCCGUAAUGAAAACCUACUCGAGCUCUGCUCAUCGUGGACUAGUCUCGUCUAUUGACGAAGAUAACAUGUAAAUCAUCGUCUCAUUUACUUUUCGCACUCAUCAAAUCUUACAGGGACAGAUUCAGCAAGUUGUUUUAUUCCCCAUAAAAAACCCAAUAUACAACUUUUACGUACCUUAUAUACAAAUUUGGUGCCGUUGGCUGCUGCUAGCAAUUUUUUUGGACAAAAUCACUUACUUCAUUAGAGAUGUGCGUGGAUCGCUAGUUGGUCACGAUCGAAACUGAUUCAAGAUGGAUUCAUUUUUACUAACUGCGAUUCAUAGUAAUUCGCUGCUUACUCUAGAAAAUCAUUGCCUAAGCGCUAGAAACUCCAACUAACUGGGUCAAAUUUGUGUGUUAUGGAAAAUUCUUUUAUAAGUCUAAUAUUGUGUGGAAUUUUUUUAUAAUAAGUGUGGUCUUUCGGGGAAUAUAGUUGUUUAGUUGAUUUUCCCUCCUUAUUUAUACUUGUACUAUAUAAUCAAAUCAUAUAUCGGAUUAAAUCGGUGAUACACCAUAUUAUCAUAGCCAUAGCAAUUCCACAUUCAUCGAGCCUGCCACUCUCUGUUCGUCUUUUUUUGUCAGCAAACCCUUUCUUGGAUCGUAAUUUUGACGUUGCCCUUUUUAUCUGACUUGUUUAGCUUGUUUUGGGGCGGGGCUUUCAUAGGUAUUUUGAUCGAUCUAACCUGAUCUGACUCGCUUCAUUUUCGACUCGAUCUUGCCUAAAUUAUAUGUAAUUUUAGUCAAAUUAUUUACAAUUUUCAUUUUAUUACAUCAUAUUUUAGCUAUAAUAAAGUUGUAAAUUAGUAAAAAUCUCAAUUCCUCCAAUAAUUUAACUACAUUCAAAAAAUAACAAAUAUUUAUAAAGUUU